AUGGUCAAGGUCUUCUCUGUAGACUGGCUCGCACAGAGCAAUCACAACACCAACCCGAAAGAAGGACCUGUGGAUACUAUACCAACCUACUUCAGACCCCAUGUUCCUUGUAUGGUCCAGCCUCAACCGCCAACAUUUUAUAACAAGGUCUACCUCCAACCAAAACCAAAGACCACGAGGGUUGAACUCACGGAUUCCACUGAAGAACCCCAAAAUCUAGAAUCCAGGUUGAGCUCACCUCUGCAUCCGAUAACAUGCUCUUCCCCAAGUCUUUCAGAAAACAGCGGGUACACCUCGGGGUAUGACAGUGAGGCUGCCUCCUCGGAAUGUCCCUCUGUGGAAGAGGCGAGCGAGGGAGAGAGAGACGAGGGCCAACGACGUGUGCGUACUAGGUUCACACCGGAGCAGAUAGAAAAGCUGGAGAAGAUUUUCAACAAGCACAAAUAUCCAGAUGCUGGAGAAAGAGUCAAAACCGCACUGAAGUUGAACCUCUCUGAAACUCAGGUGAGAACUUGGUUUCAGAACAGGAGGAUGAAACUGAAAAGGGAGCUCCAAGACUUGCGCGCAGAGUACCCAGUUCAGUCUCAGAUGAUGUUCCAGCCCAUGCGACCAUUUCAGUACCACGGCUUCGGUGAACAGCAACUCUCCCCCGCUGCAAACCACGUGAUAUACCAGCCCAUGGUGCAACAGAUCCCCAUGGAACAGAUGGUUUCUCAUCAACACCCGUUCGCACAUUUCUACUAA